UGAUUGGUUGCGUCUCUUUGUCGAGCACUGGCAACAGAGGAAAAGAAAGGCUGGUUUCGAGUGUUUACUUGAUGCGAUUUUGCAGCUGCCUUCAUAUCUUUCUGCCAUGGGGAAGUCAUUCUCUCGCAAUCCACCCCAAACUUUAAAAGACGGGCUUACUGAAGGAAAUUCACCAUCUGAAGAUAGAAAUAGGCUGAUGAAUCCAGAAGCCAGUGAGGAGAACAAGAAUGGUGAUGUAUCCCAUUUCCCAUACGUGGAGUUCACUGGAAAAGACAGUGUAACUUGUGCCACUUGCCAAGGAACUGGUCGAAUACCAAGAGGUCGAGAAAACCAGCUGGUAGCAUUGAUUCCAUACAGUGAUCAGAGACUGCGCCCCAGACGGACAAAACUCUAUGUCAUGGUUUCUGUCGUACUCUGUUUACUCCUCUCUGGCCUGGCUUUAUUUUUUCUUUUUCCACGUUCUGUUGAUAUACAGUACAUUGGAGUCAAGUCUGUUUAUGUUGGCUACGAUGAAAGUGGCUCUUCGGUAUAUUUGAACAUCACUAGUACUCUUAAUAUAACAAACAACAAUUUUUAUUCUAUUGAAGUGGAUAAUGUUACAGGACAAGUUCAGUACUUCAAAACGGUUAUUGGAAAAGCAAAACUAAACAAUGUUACCAGGAUUGGACCUCUUGACAUGAAACAGAUUGACUAUAUGGUGCCUGCCAAAAUAGGAAAAGAUUUUGACUAUAUGUACACCUACUGUACCCUUCCAAGUAUAAAAGUUCAUAACAUUGUGGUAAACAUGCAAGUUACGGUGACUAUUUCCUACCUAGGACACCCAGAGCAGUUAUCCCAAGAAGUUUACCAGUAUGUAGACUGCGGAGGAAACGUAACUCACAAUCUUGUCCAAUCAGGUCUUACUAUUUUCAAACAGCCGUGAAAUAUCAAAUGUUGAGGGAAAAAAACUGUUGGUUUUUGGCAUGUUUAGGCCAAAAUUUCAAUGUGGCGUUUGCAUUGAGGCUUGCUUUGUAUACGGCUUAGGAGGCUGCCGCUGUAACCAGAGGUAUUGAUAGAGGUAGACUGCGUUAUAAUUCUGUAUAAAAGAUAUUUAAGCUUUGAGUGCACAAACACAAGUGUGUGGGGCUUGUUACUUUAGUAAUUACAGUAUAUGUAAAUACACCUGUAAAUAGGAAAUGUUUCCAUGUAUGUUUAGGAAUGCAGUUGAUCUGUUCUCCGUAGGUUAGAUAACUAAUGAUUAAUAUAACAUGUUUUAAGUAGGAUUUUGUUUGAUUUUAAUAAGUUGCUAUUGUGUUCUUUGACUGUUUUAUGUUAAUCUUUUUAGGUAUGUUUUUGCUCCCUUUACUAAUAAUUGUGCAAUGCAUAAUUUUACAAUUUAGCAAAAUUGUCUUUUGUUUAUUGCUAAAAAAUUGUUAGAGAAUACGUCACAUUUACCGCUGUAAAUAAACUGUAAAAGUAA